AUGAAUGAUAUUCAGAAAAGUACGAGCUUACUGGAACAGCCUGCGGCACAAAUCCAGAAAUGGCUUGCGAAUCCUGAAUUUAGUCCGGUCUCAACGGAGCAGUUCCAGCUUCUCGAUGACAGCACGACCCAUGCACUUUCUCGCGGAAAUGCAAUUUCCAGCAGCCAUUCACCAAUAAAGUCAAUCUCUGCGAUAAAAUCUCUCAUAUGGGUGUGCUACUGGACCGAUGAAACCAAAUACAAAGCCAGCCUGCAAACCCUCAAUUUACCAGGGAUCUACCACGCUCUUGACACUCCCUCAAAGACUCAUAUCGGGCUAUGGCUUGAGCACUUUGCGAGUGAUACCUCACGACUUGAGACAGUCUACUCGGCUACGGAUUAUCUACCAGGUCUAGCCCCUCUUCCGGGUACAUCGACUGCACACCAUGUGCAUACCGGGUACUGGGGUGCAGCACGAGACCGAAUCCCCGGCUCAGCAGAGGAUUCGUUUGAAGAGGCUCCAUCUGACAGUAAUCGUGAGUCAGAUCUACCUGAGGGUCUGUCAAAUACCACGAUUCAGACACGGUCCCUUGGAACACAUCUCACCGGCACAAACACACAUAACAUGGUACACAUCCGCUCAGGGCAGUUUUGGGGAAACUGCAACGACGAAGAAGCAAACGCAUACCUGAACAUCCUGGAGCCAAAACUGUGUGCCGGUUUAUCGUAUCUAUGGAACGCCCCCGAGGAGACUCGCUCAAGUGGCGUAAGAUAUCUGCAUAAUAUCGAACCUCUCUCCGACGAUUCCGGCUAUAAUUCCGUGUCAACCGUUCACCAGACAAAGGAAGCUUGUGUAACGGCAUUCUUCAACAACAUGGCCGAUCUCGAAGGAUGGGCUGCGCGACAUCCGUCCCAUUUAGCGAUCUGGGCUGGUGCUAUUAAGCAUGGGGAGAGGUUUGGGGAUGAGCGGAAAUUUAGGACGUGGCAUGAGGUGUCCGUUCUUAAAGGUAGUGAGGCGAGGUUUGAGUAUUUGAAUUGUCUAGAGGGAACAGGGGUGUCGAAGGCGAUGACGCUGUUGGAUGCGCGUACUCUUUGA